AUGACGAUUCUGAUUCGUGCACUGUUUGUCGUUGCAAUCGCUGUUGGAUGCGCAACAGCGUUUCGACUUCAAGGAGUUGGUGUUCAAGGGAAACUGAUGUGCGGUGAUCAGCCGUUGCGUAAUACCAAAGUGAAGAUUUACGACGUGGACAGAAAUAUUGGUGAUUCGGACGAUUUGUUGGACGAAGCGUUCACGGACCAAAAUGGAGAGUUUCGCGUUGAUGGUACCACUCGUGAAAUGACUACCAUUGAGCCGAUACUGAAGAUUUUCCACGAUUGCAAUGACGGUAUUAGGCCAUGCCAAAAACUUGUGCAAUUCGAUGUUCCCGAAAAAUACAUUCAUCGUGGUAAGGUCAACGAAUGGUUCGACAUUGGUGAACUGAAUAUGGAAAUGACGUUCAGAAACGAGGGACGUGAAUGCAAUGUUUAG